AUGAAGAAACUGCCUUGUGUGUGUGUCUGUCUCUCAGUGUCGUUCACUGUAGUGGUUCCUGGUGAUCCUAUAGUGGCUCAUGUGGGAUCCACAGUGAUUCUUCCCUGCUGGAUCUCUCCUCCUGAGAACGCUGAAGCUCUGGAGAUCCGCUGGUACCGUCGUGAUCAGUUCAACAACCCCAUUGUCUUCUAUCGCGAUGGGAAGAUCCAAGAGGUCCAGGAAUGUUUCAGGAACCGAAGCUCUUUGGCUCUGCGGUCAGAUCAGUCUGGUGGACUGAAGGAUGGAGACGUCUCUCUACGGCUGGAGAAACUCACAUUUCAGGAUGAAGAUUCAUUUCACUGUGAAGUGAGUGGAGACAGAAAAUAUGACAGCAAAGUAGUAGACCUCAAAAUCACGGAGAGGGGUUCAUUUUCAGAUUCAUCAGGUACAUGGAAGGCUCUUUUCUUCUCCGUUCUCAUCUGUGCUCUUCUGGGUUUGGUUGGGCUGAUCCUCUACAAAUACAGAGACAAACUAACAGGAAAGAAACCAGCUAAAGAAAUUUGUGAGGAGGAAACUCUGGAGAGACUGAUAAAAGAAGUUGCGGGAGACGUUAAUAUAGAAGAACUGAGGAAACAUGCAGUUGAGAUCACUAUUGACCGUGAGCAUUCACAUCCAGAUCUGAAGGUUUCUAAGGACUGUAAAACCGUGAGGGACAGUGAAGAUUAUCAGCACACUGGAGAGGGAUUUCCAUUUCAAUUAUGUGCAUUUGGAGCCCAAAGAUUCACCUCUGGUCGUCACUAUUGGGAGGUAGAGCUGGCACAUUCACCUUACCCUCCCAAAAACUUCUGGAUAAUUGGUGUGGUGAAACAUGGACAUUUUACUGCAAGAGACAGAUCUGCUUUAACUCCAUCAGCUGGUUUCUGGUUCUUGUGUUCAGACGGUCCUCAUGGCUUUUACACCAACACUGAUCCAUCGAUUAGAUUCUCACUGACACCGAGACCUGAACGACUGGGAGUUCUGUUCGAUUAUGAUGACGGUCUGCUGUCAUUUUACAACGUCAAAGAGAGUACACAUCUCCUGACCAUCAGCAGCAGAUUCUCUGAAUCAGUCGUUCCUCUCUUCAAUCCUGGUGCAGGUGAUCCAAGUCCACUUAGAAUCCUGGAUUGUCCAAAACCUGCAGAAUUAGCUGUAGAGUCCAGUGAUGAUCCAUAACCUGUAGAAUCAGCUGAAUCCUGUCAGCCUUUACUGAGUAAUAACAGCUUAGACGCCUGACUGACUAAUGCAGUGUGUUUAAUCUGGACGUACAGUAUGAGCACAAAAACACUAAUCUUCAUGGGUUUGAUUCCCAGUCUACUUACAUGAUGUGUUUCAGGUAUUUGGUCAAGUGAACAGGGAUGGACAACGCUGUCCUGCAGAGUUUAGCUCCGAUCCCAAUCAAACCCACCUGAAGAAUCUAACCGAAGUCUUCAGGAUUUCUAGAGAAUUACAGGCAGGUGUGUUUGAUUAAGGACGGAGCUAUGCUUGUCUAAACUCUGCAGGACUAGUGUUGUUGCCCGUCUCUGCUGUAGAACCUUUGAUUUCCUGAUGCUAUAGUGUCUGUAAUAAAUUUCUGAAUGUCUGUUCAUGUAACAGACGAUGUAACAGUGCUUCUAAUUAAGUGAUAAAAAGCAGCUUACAAAAAACUCAUUUCUGCACCAGGUUAAACCUCUGAUAAAGUGUGCAGCUUGAAUGCAAUGCCAUCAGUUCAACAAAAGUCAAGAUACCACAACAAUCCUACAGUAUCACAUAACAAGACCAAAUCCAGUGCUGCACAUUCUAAUCUUUCCUGAAUAUAUAUUUAUGGGUGAUAUAAAUACUCUUAUGUAUGUGUUUAUGUGCAUGUAGUCAAAUCCGGUAGAGUAUAGCCUACUUAACUUGUAUUCACUUUGUACUAAACAAUGGAAUAAUUUAACUGAAUAAAUG